AUGAGUCGACCGCAGUACGUGAUCGAGCAUAUGGAGGAGGACGAUCCGUCCGCGCCCUCCGUCUUCCCGCACUGGGCGCUGCUCGAAUACCGUCACAUGCUCCACCACGUUGGACCUGGAUCCACCGUCCACUUCACCUCGCUCUCCCAUGCAUCGCUCGAAUCGCUCCGCACAUCCCUCUCCUCAACCUCCUCCGAACCUCGGGCGGAAUUUCAACUUCAUACGGCGAGCAUCACCACCUUGAUGGCGGAGCGAAACGUCCCGCACGCGAAAGUGUGUCUGCUCGAUCCGAAAUCGCCUUUCGCCGUAUCGAUUACCGAUGCGGGGUUGGUUUCCAGCAGCACCAAGUCGGUCGAGGCGGGUGGGCCGUUCGAGUACUUCCUCUUCGGCGGGAUCCUGGGCGACGACCCUCCCCGCGAUCGCACUUCCUCGCUGCGCCAACUCGGCUUCCCCAGCCGUCACCUAGGCUCCAUCCAGAUGACCACAGACACCGCCCUCGGCGUCACCAAACGCUGCGUCGAAGAUCUGCUUCUACUCGACCUGAGCGAUACCCAGCAGCAGGAGAAACAGUGGGGUGAUGCAGAUGCAGCAAAAGGGAAAAUGCAUUGGGUCGACCAUCCAGAGUUGAAGUUCGGGAGGGGCGAGAGUGUCGAGAUGCCGUUCAGGUAUUUAGUCGACGAGAGGAGGGGCCAGGGGGAACCACUGAUGCCCGAGGGUAUGAGGGAGUUGAUCAGGGACGAUUUGGGGAGGAGUUUCGAGUUUUGA